AUGUUUAUUGACAAGUCAAUUACUGUUAAUGAAUGGGCAAUGGAAUUAGAUCCAAUGUACUCAACCUUAUCAACAUCAAAAAGAAAUAAAACGAUACAGUACGCUAUAUAUGAUUGUUUUGCAGCAACAUGUUUAAUUCGACCUGUUACAUUAUAUUGGACAUUUCAACAGGCAUUACCAUCAUCAACACGAGCUAAUAACAACCCAACAAAUACAAAUAUUAAUCAACAAAUAAUUAACAAUAUUAAUGAUGAUAUUGAAUUAAUCUCCGAUGAUGAUAAUACUGAUGAUGAAAUAACAGUUAAUCAAUGUAUUAAAAUUACUAAUAAUAAUGAUAUGUUAUAUGAAGAAAUUUCAAAUGAUGAUAAUGAAUUAACCCUUGCCGUACCGGCCUAUUUUAAGUACUAUAUUGACAAUA